UGUUCUUCCUUUGCGAGCACUCAAGUCUGGUUUCUGGCUCAGUGGAGAGCGUAAGCUCUCAGAGCUCUGGUUUGAGGGUUAGCAGUGUGUGGCUGCCAGCGGAGAACGUAAGCUCCCCCUGGCGGUGGUGGACAGACGUGUCCAGGAGCCACAGGCCACCCCCCAGGGGACACCCAGGAGGAUUCGGGGAGACGGAAGUGCCCCCCAUCAGGUAGAGGGACAGACAAACGCUUGUCAGUGUAUUUUGCUGCCAACCCGUCUGGCUUUUUUCCUCUGGUUAAGUCGACUGUGUGUCUUUAAUUUUUGCUUCGGAACUUGUGUUAAACAUUUUACUGUGUGUCUGGGAUUGCGUCUCGUUGUGUUUCGUUUGUAUUGUCUUGUCUCUGUCCUUGUUCAAGUAACUCCCAGUAUGGGACAAAGCCAUUCCACACCUCUGUCCCUGACCCUUGAUCAUUGGACGGAUGUCCGCAAAAGGGCCCAGAAUCUUUCUUUUUCAGUGGAACGCAGGACCUGGCGGACACUCUGCACCUCAGAAUGGCCCACCCUCGGAGUUGAAUGGCCCCCGGAAGGGUCCUUCCACCUCCCUUUAAUCCGCAAAGUCAGAGAUUCUGUCUUUCAGCCAGGGCCGUGUGGCCAUCUAGAUCAACAGCCAUAUGUUUUAACCUGGCAGGACCUCUGCGAGUUUCCUCCUAUGUGGGUCAAGCCUUUCCUUGUUCCCACUCCUGUUCCAAUCUCUUCCCCUACGAUCCUAUCACUUAAACCUUCCUCUCCUCCCCUUCGUCCCUCCGUUCUCCCUGAGUCACAGGAUUUAACUUUACUGGACUCCCCCCCCACCUCCUUAUCCUCUACCCAUGCUCCCAAACCCCCAAUCCAUUUUAGCUGACUCUCCUGCUGCUGACUCGGUCAUCCCGCCGCUAGAGGUAAUUGGGUCAGACCCAAGCCCUCCAGGGGAAGCAGCGGCAACAGUAGCUGAAGCAGCAGCCCCUCCCCCACCAGAGGAACCUGGACCGGCUAAAGGAACCCGCAGGCGGCGGAUAAUGGAGAACUUGGAAGCCCCGGUGAUGCUUCCCAUUCGUCCCUAUGGGCCCACAAUAGAUGAUGGGCACGGGGAAGAGAUGCAGGCUUACCAAUACCGGCCUUUCUUCUCCUCAGACCUUUACAACUGGAAAAAUAACAAUCCCCCUUUUUCUGAGGACCCCACCCGACUUACAGGUUUAGUCGAGUCACUGAUGUUCUCACACCAGCCCACCUGGGAUGACUGCCAACAGCUUUUGGGGACUCUCUUCACAACAGAGGAACAAGAGAGAAUUCUCUUGGAAGCCAGAAAGAAAAUUCUUGGACCAGAUGGGAGACCAACCCAACUUCUUAACAUCAUUAAAGCUGGCUUCCCCUUAAACCAACCCAACUGGGACCCUAACACCUUUGAAGGUUGCUAUUUCAGAUGGCUGAAGCUGCCUGGAGCUGUGGGACCAGGCACCAUCGUACCCAGCCACUUCCCUUGGCUGACAAUCAGCCACAGCCACUGCCCCAGGAGGCUAUGCUGGGCCAUGGAACAAGGUGUAGAAGUGAUCCAGUACACUGUUGCUGUCCCUGCACUGGAAGGGCUGUCGUGAUUGGCAACUAUCACAUCAUCUACUCUGGCUAGAGGCUUCCUCUUCAGUAUUCCUGCACAAGAAGCCCACUCCAGCCACCAGCCACCACUCCAGGAGAUGAAGCUUCAUAAAUUGUCAUGGCAAUUACCACUUUAGCUACAGAUGCUCUAGAAUACCCCCCCCCCAAAAAAAAUCUUGUCAGGACACUCUGCUUUCUCUGUGAUUACAUCUGCUGCCACAGCAAACACCAUCCUGUUUUAGUUGCCAUGGCAACCACUGCUUCAGUCACUGCUGCUCCAGAGGCUUCAGCUCCAAUCACUCCAGAGGCCUCUGUGGCACCCAGUAGGUGACUCCCUUCUAGCUUCCUGGGUUGGUGGGGAUGAGGACUUCCCUUAACCCCUGAUAACUGAGUACAGAUGAACUCAGAUCACCAUGACUAGCCUGAUACGCAAAAAUUCUACAGGAAAUAGCCGACUGGGCAUGUGCUGGAGCCCAGCUUGUUACCAAGUUCUUCCUUGGCAGGAUAAUGCAUGAACAACAAAUGACUGAGUGACUUUAUUAGCUGUCAGCCUAUUCUCUGGGUUCUUCUCAUUUUGUCUCACAGACACCUUAUAGGGUAAUGGAUACUAGUUUUUUCCCAUUUUGUAAAUAAGGUAUACUGAAGCCCAGAAGGUUAAGUAACUUAUCCUAAGUUAUAUAGUCGGGAAAUCUGAAUUUAUUUUUUAAUUAUUAUUGUUGUUGUUGUUAUUGCUAUUAUUAUUAUAAACAUAUUAAUUGUGUAAGUUAAGGGGAUUCACUGUAAUGUUUUUAUACAUUCAUAUAUCAAUCAUCAAUCUAUUCUUCCUCCUACUCUUUCCCUCCUCUCCUCCACCCUUCCCUCUUGGCACUGUUCCAAGUCCCUAGUAAUCCCUUUGCUACUUUCAGGUCAUCUUUUUUUAGUUUCCACAUAGGAGGGAGAACAUGCAAUACUUCUAUUUUUGUCUCUGGCUUAUUUCAUUCUUCUUUGCAGCUGAGAAUAUUUCUAUUGUGUAUAUAUGCCAUAUUUUCUUCAUCCAGUCACCUGUUGAUGGGCAUAUAUAUACAAUCGAAUAUUGCUAUUGCAAAUAGUGCCACAAUAAACAUGGCCACAGGUAUCAUUUUCGUGUGCAGACUGUAUUUCCUCUGGGUAUAUAUAUACCCAGGAGUGGAAUAGCUAUAUCAUAUGGUAAUUCUAGUUUCCAUUUUUUGAGGAAUCUUCAUAUUGUUUAUUACAGUGGCUAUACUAAUUUACAUUUCCACUAACAGCAUACAAGGAAGAGUUCCUUUUACUUGACAUUCUUGUCAGCUUUUGGGGAGGGGGUGCUGAUAGCCAUUCUGAUUGGAGUGUAAAAGCUUUUCAUUGUAGUAUUGAUUUGCAAUGAUAUUCAGCCUUUUUAUGUACCUAUUAAUUAUUUGUAUUUCUUCUUUUGAGAAAGGUGUAUUCAGAUAAUUGAUCCAUUUUUAAAUUGAAUUAUUUGUAUUUUUA